AUGGACGCCGUCAAACGACGCUUCUCUGGCGGGAAGCAAUCAAUAUCCAACAACCAUGCAGCAGCCGACGCAGACCUGGCGAAGAUGGGCUACAAGAGUGAAUUACCACGAUCACUCAGUAUGCUGUCGGUCCUCGGUCUUUCCUUCGCCAUCAUGGCCGUACCAUUCGGUCUCUCGACGACGUUCUACGUCACCUUAGUCGACGGACAAAGCGUUACCAUCAUUUGGGGCUGGGUUCUGGUCUCCUUGAUCUCGCUGUCGAUCGCAGCGUCUCUGGGUGAGAUCUGCGCCGUGUAUCCUACUGCUGGAGGUGUAUACUACUGGUCUGCAAUGAUGGCGACGAAGAAGUACGCCCCCGUAGCAAGCUGGAUCACAGGGUGGCUGAAUCUGGUCGGGAACUGGACCGUGACGCUAUCAAUCAAUUUUUCUGGAGCGCAAUUGAUUUUGAGUGCGAUCACGCUAUGGAGAGAAGACUGGACAGCGAAUACAUGGCAGACAGUGCUCUGCUUCUGGGCUGUGAUGCUGGUCUGCUUCUUGAUCAACGCUUUCGGCGCAAAGUACCUCGAUCUCAUCAACAAGGUCUGUAUCUACUGGACCGCGGCGAGUGUGAUCAUUAUCAUGGUUACACUUCUUGCGAUGUCCGACAACUAUCGCUCGGGCGAAUUUGUCUUUUCUCACUAUGAUGCAAGCUCUUCUGGCUGGCCCAGCGGAUGGGCUUUCUUCGUUGGUCUGCUUCAAGCUGCGUAUGUGCUCACUGGAUACGGGCUGGUCGCAGCGAUGUGUGAAGAAGUGCAGAAUCCAGCACGAGAAGUGCCGAAGGCUAUGGUGUUAUCAGUAGCGGCUGCUGGAGUCACUGGUGUCGUCUAUCUCAUUCCGAUUCUGUUCGUGCUGCCAGACAUCCAGAUCCUGCUCGAUGUGGCGAGCGGACAGCCUAUCGGAUUGCUGUUCAAGACUGUGACAGGUUCUGCUGCUGGAGGUUUCGGUCUCCUGUUCCUCAUCUUGGGCAUUCUGAUGUUUGCUGGAACUGGCGCCCUCACAGCUUCGAGUCGCUGCUGCUACGCCUUUGCACGGGAUGGUGGUGUGCCGGGGAGUCGCUGGCUAGGCACGACGAACAGUAAGCUGGAUGUCCCUAUUUGGGCGCUGGCCGCAUCAACGGUCGUUGAUUGCUUGCUCGGACUGAUCUACUUUGGCUCCACUGCGGCAUUCAACAGCUUCACAGGUGUUGCCACCAUCUGUCUGUCCACAGGAUAUGGUCUUCCCAUCUUGGUCUCAGUUCUGCGAAAGCGGAAGAUGGUGAAGCAUUCCACGUUCUCGCUAGGGAAAUUUGGCUUCUUCAUCAACAUUGUCUGUCUCUGCUGGAUUACGCUGGCUAUUGUGCUGUUCUGCAUGCCUGUCAGCUUACCAGUAACAGCAAGUUCCAUGAACUACGCUUCUGUGGUAUUUAUGGGUUUCGCAUCCAUCAGUAUGAUCUGGUUUUUCAUUUCUGGUCGUAAGAACUUCACUGGUCCUCCGGUAGUGCAAGAUGCAGAUCCGACCCUCGAAGGCAAGCCAACGCCCAUUGAAGUGGACGGAGAGAUGGGUCUCGACACAGACACAAAGCUUCCAAUGAAGGAGUACUGA